AUGCGUUGGCUGCGGAAUUGGACCGUGGAGCUGGUCAUCGGGCCAGGCUGCACUUGCAAUCAGAAGAAGUUGACAGCGCACCAGAUCAGGUUUCUCCUACGAAAGGCAUCAACGCAGUCUGGCUUCCAGCAGCAGCUCAACGCUCUCCUGCCGGGUUACUGGGAUGCGCACGCUUGCCAAUUCUGGGGGUGCGAAUUUCGAAGCUAA